CUGCAACAGCUUCUUAUUUACCUGCAGCUGCUACAGCAUCAGCUACAACAUUAACUUCAUCAACUGAUAUUGCAUCUGUAGGUUGGUGUAUAUUUGUUUAUAAUCUAGCACCUGAAAUAGAAGAGAAUAUGUUAUGGCAAUUAUUUGGACCAUUUGGUGCUGUACAAAAUGUUAAAAUAAUACGUGAUUUUCAAACACAAAAAUGUAAAGGUUUUGGUUUUGUAACGAUGACUAAUUAUGAUGAAGCAUUAAUGGCUAUUAAUUCGCUUAAUGGUUUUACACUUGGUAAUCGUGUAUUACAAGUAUCAUUUAAAACCAAUAAACCAAUGCCUAUUCGCGCUUUCUAG